UGGGAGAAAUGAAGGAUGAGCUCUGUACUUGGAGAAGAGCAGAAACCCAGCAGAAUAAAAAUAAUAUCCCGGAAUGAUGUAGGCGUCUCACGCUGUCACAGCGGCGGGGGCGCGCUCCCGGCGCGGCCUCCAGCGGAUCCGGAGCCGCGGGCGGUGCCGAUCCCGAUCCCGCCCUGCGCUGGCGCUGCCCCAGGGCCCGGGAAGGGCGGGCAGCGGGGCCGCCGGGACGGGCCGCUCCCAGCCCCGCCGCAGUUGUGCUCCGGGACCCGGGGAGCAGUUCUUAGGCAGUACCAGAUUAUCAAGAGUGAAGCUCCCCAGCGCUCCCCAGCAAUGGCAGGGAAAAAAGUCCUGAUAGUCUAUGCACAUCAAGAGCCCAAGUCCUUCAAUGGAUCUUUGCUGAAGAUUGCUGUGGAAGAGCUGACCAAGCAGGGCUGCAGUGUCACCGUGUCUGAUUUAUACACCAUGCAGUUUGAGCCCAGAGCAACAAGGAAUGACAUUGUUGGUCACCUGCACAACUCAGAAGCGUUCAAUUAUGGUGUGGAAACCUGGGAAGCUUACAAGAGAGGAGGUUUGUCCAAAGACCUGGUUGAAGAGCAGAAGAAAGUGCAGGAAGCAGACCUGCUGAUUUUUCAGUUUCCCUUGUUUUGGUUCAACAUGCCUGCUAUCCUGAAGGGCUGGAUGGACAGAGUCUUGGUCCAAGGCUUUGCUUACGAUUUGUCCAAGGUUUAUGAUGGUGGUUUGCUCCAGGACAAAUUAUCCCUCUUUUCUUUCACCACGGGAGGAGGCCCGGAGAUGUAUUCAAAAGAAGGUAUUGGUGGUGAUAUUCGCUAUGUCCUGUGGCCCAUGCAGCAUGGAAUCAUGCACUUCUGUGGUGUCAAAGUCCUUGAACCUCACAUCUGUUAUGCUCCAGAGAAUGUCUCUGAGGAGAAGAGGAAGGAGAUGCUGGCUGCCUGGACCCAGCGUCUGAAGACUCUUUGGAAGGAAGAGCCCAUAGACUGCUCUCCUGAGUGGUAUUUCAAGUAGAGUUCAGGUGCAAGACUACAGAGAAGAUUUUCUUUUUCUCCAUUCUUUUUGAUGCUCUGUCUAAAUACCUGAACACUAAUCUCCUAAUUCAAAUCUAUUUUAAGAACCUUGAAUACUACAUCUAGCAGUUUAACUGACAACAUAGCAUUUGUCUUCACUGAUUCCCAAGGGAUUCCCUUCAAGGAUGGGCGUGAAACUCUUUGUGUUGUUCUCCUUGUUCACAUAAACGGUGUCAUCCUGCUUCCUUGUGCUUGAUAACACACGUGAUAUUUCAUGGCAGAUGAUACCAUUGCUGCUUGUGAAACAGUAUGUGGCCAAGUUUAUUUUAACGCUAUUUUUCCUUUGCCAGGGAAUAUCUUGCCCAUAUCCAACAUGUCAUUUAAAAGCCAUUUGCCAUUUGUUGUGAGAGGUCCAUACUUGCACCGUGGAGCAACAAAACCAGGUCAUGAGUAAUGUUGCAAAAGCAUGUACCAUUGCAAAGCGUCUUAAACAGCUGGAAAGCCUUGUGGGCAGGCCUAGGCUUCUCCAGAUCCAACCUAUAUAGCAAUAUUAAAGGUAUGACAGAGACUAGAAAAGGGAAAAAUUAAAGAUGAAUGUAGUGGUAUGUGCAUGAAUUGCCUUCCUUUGUAGACUACAUCUCCCAUUUGUAGAGUAUGCAUCUUCCCAAAGUAGAAAGGAAAAGGAAUUCUGCCUGUUGCCUGCUCCCUCACACCAGUCAGUGUUGGUGUUUGGGUCUGGAGGGUGUUUGCUUCCCCUCCAGCAUCAGCAUCAAUGGGCAUCCUUGGAGAUCUCCAGCACCAGCAGUUAGUGAGGCAGAGAACUAACCUGAAAACCUGCAGGUGCACUGUCAGUCUGUCUAUGGGUCAGGAUCUAUGGGACAAAUUAAUUGUCGGGCUCUUAAUUGCCAGGAUUUUUACCUGGAACUGUAGCAGGCUUAUUUUUGUGCUUUAGAGUUGUUAACCCUGUUUGUGCAUAUGGCAAGGGGUGGGUUUCUCACUUAGCUACCAAAUUUCUUGCUUUAACCAGCUCACCUAACUGAUGCCUUUGCACUUUGGUGUUGUCAUAUAUGUAUAUAUAUAGCAGGAGUUUCAUACUAUCAUCUCUUUAUCAUAAAAGUUUCGUACCUUUUCGGUGUUUUCUGGUGAGCAGCUCCUCUGAGCACACCCUUUCUCCCUCGCCACGUAGCCGACUGACACCAAUUCCCUUCCCGCUUCGGAGCAUGUUCUCUUAAUUAACCAACCCACUCUUUUAUAGCUCCUGUUCUUAUUAAUUACAGCUGCGGCCUGUUGAAGUCAGGCCUCCUCCUCAUUUUCGAUAAUUGGCCGGGCUGCAACUCCUUAGGGGUAGGAUUACUUUCUAUACUAUCUCUAUUCUAUUCCCCCGCAUUUUGGUAUUAAAAGUAUGUGACUUCUGUAAGAACCCAUCCCCUGAGUCACUGUCAAAUGACACCUACGCCUCUGCAUCUGCCAUACCUGCUUUGUGGCAGUUUUGUCACACCUCCGCCUUAGCAUUCCUUGGGGACUAAUUGGAUAAUAAACAUGCUGAGCCCCGGCUCUGGAAGCUCAGUGUAAGCUGAUACACCAGACUGGGAAAUGCCACCACAGGGAAAGGGUCAGUGUUCCUGUUUGCUCCCAUAUGAAGUGAAGGGCCGUGUCCAGCAGUGACAUUUCCCAGGAAGCAGAGCUGCCCCAAGCAGUUGCAGAUGUCUGCUGUGGGGCAUGUGAGCCAAAGUCUUUAGGCUGCAGAAGGAGGAAAUUUGCUUUGGCUCAACAGUUCUUUUAUAGGAAAAGGAAAGUGAAAGGCAAUAAGGAAGAAAGUGUUACACAUCUAAGUUGUGGGGAAAGCAGAUUCACGCCUUAAAGACUUAAGGAGAAUAACUUAAAGUUACUGAGAGAAAUCUGAGGACAAAUUUUAAAAUUGCAUAGAAGAGAAAUCAUCCUUCUAUUCACUGUGUUUGAUUAGCAGACUAUUCAGGAAAGAAGGAAAUUGAGGUGAAAGCAGAAUUUGCAACUGUCAAACCAACAUUACUGCUUUGGGUCAAUUGCAGAGCUUAGUGGGGUUAACUAUUAGAUGAAGAAUGCAAGACUCACCUGUAUUUUGAGGAUACUGUGCUUGCCACUCUCUGGCAGACACAUGCCAGUUCCCGCACAUGGUUGCACUAAGUUUUAAUAAGAUGGCUGAUAUUUUAGUACAAAGUAUGUGAAUGGUUGAGAUUAAUGCAAGUUCAGUUACAGUUAAAAGAAAACUAAUAGGCUUAUUAAAUUCUCAUUAAUGCUAAAAUUUAAGAUUUCUGCUCAGAUAAAUUCAUUACUGAGAAAAGCACUAAAAAUGUACCAAUCUUUUUGUCCAUUUCAAGAUAAUCUUUCCUUCUCCUCAAUCAGAACUAAGACUUUCACUGUAAAUUCAGAUUACAUUUCUGGAUUGGUUUUUUUUCCCCAUUCAUUUAAUGAAGGAAUGUCAUAACAGGCAACACUGACCUCUAAGCACAUACAAAUAAAUUACAAUUUCU